AUGCAGCUGCGAGAGAGAACGAACGUGGGGGGGUCCCGGAUAGGCCUGUCACCUCUCAGCGUGGACACCCUGUCGCCGAGCUGUGAUUCAUGUCACUGUCCAAAUAACCUUUCUCGUCGCCUGUCACAGGACUCGGAUGCUGCCUCAGUAUACCGCGAGCAUGCCGCGCAUUACGCACACAAGUUUCGGGCCUCCAUAGACUACAAAACUCGGGAGGAACCGCGGCAGAUUGUCUGGGGAUGUAUUCUCGUACUCGUCCUGCUUCUUCUGGGUUUCCGCGACCAGUUUUUCUCGUCGCCGUCUGCGGUGAAGGGGAUUUCCAGCGCGCUGCCGGGGGGUGGCGAAAUCUCCUUUCCGACGGCGACUUCAGGGGCGCAGCAGAUACCUCCGUCAAGUUCUGCGCAAGUCUCUGGAACGCCGGAGACCGGCGCGCCACCGUCCGCACAAGCUCAAGAAGGGAAGCAAGAGAGUGACUCUGAAACGAUUGACUACUGUCAGCGGUUCCCGGAAGAUACCAAAUGCGUACCUGAGUCUCCGUCUGGCCAUGUAGUGUCUCCGUCGUUUUUUUCGUCACUGUUUGGUGGCGGCUCUUCGCCAGCCGCCGCUGCCUCUCCGCUGAGCACGGGCGUCCGGCGAGUGGUGCUGGAGCUGCUUGUUCUCGUGUGCAUCUACUGUUUUCUCCAGGCUAAAGACGGUUUGCUGGUCCGACCCCACCCUGGUUUUUGGCGUGUGGUUCACGGCGUCUGUCUUGUGCACUUAAUCGUCAUGGUGGUGCUGCUUGCUGUCGACGUGGAGACUGGGAGAACGGCGCUGCAGCUCCUGUUUCCAGAGAUUGUCGGGGCGAGGGAGAAAGUUUUUGCCGGCACGCUCGUGAUGGACUGUCGAAUCAACGGAGACACGAUUAUGAGACAGCUUCGCAGCGUGUGGUUCGUCUCGCACGUUGUCGGCUGGCUGUGCAAGAUGGUGAUCCUGCGAAACUGGGGCUUUUGUCUGCUGUAUUCGGUUGCUUUCGAAAUCGGCGAGCUGUCGUUCCAGUGGCUCGUGCCGGAGCUCUGCGAGUGCUGGUGGGAUAGCAUUUUCAUCGAUGCUCUCCUGAGCAACGUCAGCGGAAUGCUUCUGGGGGCGAUUAUCAUGAAGCUGAUCAACAUGCACCAGUACGACUGGCUAGGCCGCUAUCCGCUGUAUCAGAAAGUACUUAUGAGCUUGACACCGUUUUCAUCUGAAGACUACGACUGGAGCUUCUACAAGACGCCGAGGCACCUUUUUCUUGCCAUCACGCUCCUCGUGUUCUGUCUCUUCACCGAGUUGAACGUUUUUUUCCUCAUGGCGGUCCUCGACAUCCCGGCCGUCCACUACAUCAACCCGCUUCGGACGCUGUAUCUCUCGCUGCUCGGCGCCGCUGCGGCUGCAGAGCACUACGAGUAUACGAUGUACAGUCGAGAGCGAAUUGGUCAUAACGAAUGGCUGCUGGCGAUCAUCCUCUGCAUCGAGCUUCUUGUGUGCGUCAAGUACGGAGCGAGUCGCUUUCCGCGGUUCUCUCCUCCGCCCGACAUCUUCAUGCCGUGGAUCGUCGCGCUCAGUCUCUUCGGUGCGUGGAGUUACUGCUACUUUACGACCGCGGACCUGCGCGGGCUGAACAGCGGAUCAGCCAAGAAGGUGGCAAGGAUCCAAAUGGUGCGCGACGCGAAUGGGGGGGCGAAGAACGAGCCAAAGGGGGACAGUACAGUGACGAAGCGAGACGAGGUUAAACGCCAGUCGCUGAGUUGGCAAGAUCAAGCCAAGCUGCUGGUUAUCACGCUGCCUCCGCAAGCCUGCUUUCUCCCGCUCUUGUAUCUCAUGAAAUUUUAUUUUUAUGAUUAUGUCCGAGUGGAGCCAAAGUGGUAA